GCGAGAUCAUUGACAUGAAAAUCUUGGUCUUUAUCUUGCUGACUUUACCUUAUGGCGCGAGGUGUAAACUGAUUCUUCUUGAUGACCAGGCUUGUCAAAAAAUGUGGAACGAAGCUGAAAAUAAUCUGAUUUUUCCGGGAGAAUUAUCUGUUGAGGCCGGUAAUAACCCCAUGUUCAAGGUGGUGAAAGGAGCAGGAGCUCAAGGAAACGAAAAACUCCGCAGUGAAGAGUUUACCCAAUUCCGUGCGUUAUUGGUUGACUAUCAAACUCCCAAUAAGAUUAAUCAGCAAAAUAUAGAUAACUUCAUCACCGCAGUAACCCAACCAUGUGGACCUGUUGAUGCGGCAUUCAACUACCUAAAAACUGAACCGAACGCACUGCCUUUUCCCAUGAAAACCUUAGAAGAGUUCAGAACCACCUUAAAAAGUCUGUGGUUUUCCGCAGCCGACAGCCAUGGCUUUAAACAUGUAUUUGUUGGAGAACAAUUCCAGCACAAACACCCAUCCGAAAUCCGUUACAGAGGAUUUCAUAACUGGUACCAGUACUACAUAGAAGAAGAGAGAAAAGGUGUGAAAAUACUGAGUCUACCGACAUUCGUUAAGGAUAAACGGCCAAACUUCAUUAAAGAUCUUAAAUUCAACUGGGAAGGCAAGAAGAAACAAGUUUCUACAGGAAGCCCCAUGUUUGUUGGAACCAGCCCAUCGUUUGAAUUGGCCUUAUUCACCACUUGCCUCCUCAAAGGACGUGGAGAAGCUGGAGGAAAUCCGCCCGUGGGACCGUAUAGGGAAACCGACUGUAAGUGCAAAAUCUACGUGCCGGGAAUAGGAAAAAGCACAGUAGAAGUUAGGACCGUCGAGAACAAGGAUGGCAAGGUCGUUACAGCUGCCCCUAUGAAUGUCUAUUAGAAAUGAAUGGCACAAAAAGAUGACAGCCGAGAUCAUUGCCAAAGAUGUCCGAAUUAUUAUAAACACUAAAUAUCAUAAAAUGCGUGCUCUGUUCCGGGAUCUCGUUCAACGGAUACGAGCAAGAUAGUAGGUAAAUGUCCCUUGAUCGUUGCAUAUCGCCAUUCCUCAACUGCCUGCUUUUUCUCGUGUUGCUACUGACCGUGAGCUCGGCAUAGGCUGCACAAAACUAAGAACCCAUUACCAAUAAACGAUUUAUAACCUCAAACUAACCAGUGAUAAAUAAAUAAAUAUUUGGCUCCAAAACCA